AUGCUGCAGCAGGUUGCGCGGAAUGAGAAUGGAGCAAGCUGCUCUGAGAAGAAGCAGUGCUCCAAGCUAGUGAUGACGCGGUGGUUGAUGCAGAUGAGGGAUGCGUGGGUAAUCCCACAGACACUGAAACUGAGGUUGUCCAUUCAGACUGAACAGUCGUGCUCGGCAAGGCCUGUGGCAAUGAAGAUGAGACAGGAGAAGGCUGGGACGUCACGGUGGCGGAAAGUGGGAUGGUCACAUCGCUGUCAAUGGAUGAAGAAUGUACUAUAUGAGUCAGGGGUGAAGUGCUUGGAAGCCAAAGAACUGCUUAAGGAAGCGGGAACGGUCCCUGAUGUUGGGCUGCUAGUACUUGAUGCGUCGCAGCCUACGUCUAACCCCAAAAGAUCAACGCACAACCCGCUGGACAUGGCUGCAUUCAGCGUGCCGUUCUAA